AUGGAUGCAAAGGCGUACCUUAUUAGCCAGGGUUGGUCUGGCCCUGGCAACCCAUUAAACCCCUUACGCCGACCCGGGGGCCAUGCUGGCUUAGGCCUCACGAAACCCAUCCUUGUGGCACGAAAGAAAAACACCCAUGGUAUUGGAAAUAAGACAACGCAUGAUCAUACGAACCAGUGGUGGCUGAGAGGCUUCGAAGAGGCUUUGAAGAGCGUAGGGAAUGAUGGCAACUCCACACUUCUGGAGAAUCCACCUGAUGAAAAGCAGAAUGGAAUAAGGAGCGAAUUAUACCGCUUUUUUGUGAGGGGAGAGAAGCUCGAGGGGACCAUCGAAAAAAGGGUAGAUGGUAUCGACACUGUGGCUAGCAGCAAUCAUGUCACCAAGCGGAAGAGGGAUGAGGGAGCCGCUAUUGAAGACGAGGCCCGUGGGGAUUCUGAGAAGAAAAAGAAGAAACGAAAGAAGGACCUCGCCGAUUCCGAACGUCCCGGUGUUUCAGACUCUAAGAAGAGUGCGAAUAGAAAGAGAACAGAGAAGUCGAAAAGGGAUAAAAAGUCGAAAUCGCCCAAGAAGCGGCAAAGUACCCCUGAUAAAAUGGACGAAGCCGAGGUCUUAGGCACCUGGAAGAAGAAAGAGAAGCCAGAGAGAUUACAAUCUGAUUUUUCCACUCCAACUACAUCGCCUUCUAAGUACUCCGGUGGGGAUGAGAAUGACGUCAAAAAGUGCAAACCUGACAAAGAUACCCGAAUGAAACAAAAAAAGUUACGGAAAAUGGAAAAGGAGUCUAAACAAAAAUUAAAGAGUAAGAAAGGAAGGGAAAAUCAAUGA